AUGAGCCUCGAACUCCAAACUCAGGACAAGCCGUCCCCGGCGCGGUCCAUCGACGAUGAAACCAAACCCGGAGAAGUCGAGGCCAUUUUCCUGCCGGAUUGGUCUGAACAGGAGGAGCGUAAGGUCGUCAGACUGAUGGACUGCGUGCUCCUGCCCGUCCUCAUCGCGGCCAACUUCAUGGUGCAGAUCGACCGCGGCAAUCUGUCCAACAGCCUGACCUCGACAAUCACACAGGACCUGAACAUCUCAACGAACCAGGUCAAUGUCGCGUCCCAAAUCUUCCUUGUCGGGGUCGUCAUAUUCGAGCUCCCAUCGAACAUCCUCAUGCAAAUCUUCUCACCUCACCUCUGGCUCUCCGCCCAGAUCUUCAUAUGGGGAACCAUUGCCACCUUCGAGUCCUUCAUCAAAACCUACGGCAGCCUGCUGGCAACGCGCUUCCUUCUUGGUCUCUUCGAGGCCGGAUUUGAGCCAGGCGGCAUGUACCUGUUGACCAUGUGGUACAAACCUGACGAAUACGCUCUUCGCAUAGGGUACUACUACAUGGGAAAGCUCCUGGCGAGUGCAUUGUCGGGCCUGCUGGCUGCAGGAAUCCUCAAUCUUGCUGGUGUCGCCGGCUGGGUCGAAGGGCUGAUGACUAUCUUCGUCGCAUUCAUCUUCUUCCUGCUCCUCCCCCGCAACAUCCGAAACCCAAUUCCCGUCGUUAGCUUCAACCGGUGGAGCUACUUUACCAAGCGACAGCGGCAUAUACUGCUUGCGCGUCUGGGCAUGGGCCUUAAUCACACCAGCUCUGCUAGUGAAGGGGAAAGCACCGCGCAUCGCCGAGGAAAGGUCUCAUUGAAGGAGCUGUUAGAGACCUUCAAGAACAUCCGGCUGUGGUUCCAUGUUGUCAUUACGAUGCUCUCUGCUUGCGCCUUGCACGGCUUGACGCUAUACACGCCCACCAUGAUCAAGUCGUUCCAUUUCAGCACCAUUCACUCCAACGCGCUCACGUCUGUUGCUUACUUUGCGGCCAUUGUUAUGUGCGGGGCGUUGACUUGGUUAAGCGACCGAACCCAGCAAAGAGGCCUCGUCACACUGCUGUCCGUCUCCUGGUCUUUGAUUACCUGGGGUUGUCUGAUGACAGUUGCCGGUUUGUCGAACAAAUGGCACAAAUAUGUCAUCCUGAUUCUCGCCAACUUGUGCGGUGUGACCACCCAUGUCCUCAACACGUCCUGGCUCCUGAGCCAUACAAAGUCCGACCAGGAGCGCGGAAUCUCCAGCGCUGUGAUGACAAUCGCAGUCAAUCUGGGUGGUCUUUCCGGCGGCCAGAUAUACCGGGAGGAAUAUGCGCCCACGUACCACCAUAGCAUUCAGACCAUGACUAUUGUCGGGGCUGCUGCUUGGGUCGUUACGGUUGCGCUGAUCCUGCUGUACUACUUUACUGAUCGGGAGCGGUGCACUGGGGUCGAGAGACACAAUUUGCGUGUUGAUCUGGACACUCGAGAAGGAGAGACGGCGGCCAAGUCAUCCUGA